GCCGAGGACCAUCGCGGAGCGGCCAUUCCUCGAGCGAACUUCGUGCAGCGAGCAUCGCAUUCCGUGUUCGCGCAACGCGCAACGCGCAAUCGCACUCGCAACCGCAACCGUGACCGUAAUCGCGAUCGUAACCACGCCUUUUUUCGAAAACAAACAGUGACCGCGCUUGUGCUCGCUCAAACUCCGGGGUACCGCCGUCGUCCGCGGUAUUCGAGCAUCCAAAGUCCACCGUCGAGCGGCCGAAGAAACGCGAAACGCGGAGCGCGAACCACGGGACGACCGGAAAGGGCAAUCCGUUCGAUCGCGAGUGUGCGCUUAAUCUCCCGAGAACGACGACGAAUCCCGUUUCGCGUUACAGCGUUCCCGAGUUCUCGGCCGUGACGGCCGCGCGCGCGGCCAGCCGACUCUACGAAAAUUGUGACAACGCGUACCGUGUACCGUGCACCGUGAACCGUGCACCGUGAACCGUGAACCGUGAACCGUGUUGCGAGCCAAACAACCAGCGGCGAAGGAGGUGGAAAAGGAAGAAGCGGUGGGAGGAGGUGAAAAAGGUGAAGAAGGCGAAGAAGGCGAACGAGGCGAACGAGAAGGAGACGGAGCAACGAGAAAGCGGAAUCGAGAAAAGGACGGGGAUCGCCUACGGCUCCAGCGACGGCGACGAUCGCUCGGAAUCGAAAGUUGCCGCAGUGGAUCGACGACGGUGCGCGGUGUACCGCGAUUUCCGUGCAGAAACGAGUUUCGCGCAGACGUGGUCGAGAAACGGUACACCGUGGUCGGGUUGUCGCGGAUCGCGCGGCGCUCUUAUCCGUAUGUGUAUCGUCGCGCGUGAACUCGGAACUUCGAAUGCUGUGAUCGCUAUUUCCGUCUCUGCCGCCACCGCCGCCGCCACCGCCGCCGCUGCCGCCACCGCCACCGCCACCGCCACCGCCACCGCCGCCGCCGUCGCCACCGCCACCGCGUCACGGCGAGCAGAACGUUUCGGUUUCGGUCUCGGUUUCGGUUUCGGUGCCGCGCGCGGUGCGCCGACUGUGUCGAGCGUCGAAAGGUGAGGUUCCCAGUGCGCGAGUGUCAGCGCGAGUGUAGAUCGAUCGGCCGCGAAGACGGCGGACGGGUACGCGCGAGAACGAGUUUGCGAGGAGGAACGUCGAGCUCGGGAAAGCACCGUUCGCCGGCGCACCGCGGCCGCCACCGAUCCGGUCGAGCUCCGUCCACCGAGCAGGGCGCACGGUGUUGCCGACUGCUGCUGUCGCGAGAAGAUCGCCCGGUGGGAACAUGUUUCGAGCUUACGGUGCUGCGCCGGCCGAGACACCUUCGGCCGCUGACAUCUACCCGUGGCCGUUCCCCAACAAAGGAUACAUAUGCAAUGCCAGCAGCACGCUACAGUCUCUCGCACAGCUACACGGCAAAUCACCGUUCUUCCCUAGUCUCGACGAGCAGACCGGAACUCUGCUGGAGGAUCCGAACGCCUCGAGCCAGCUGGACGGCGUCGGAGUCGGCGUCGGAGUGAGCGUCGGUGUCGGCGUGGGCGUCGGUGUCGGAGUCGGAGUCGGGAGCGGGAUAACCGGCUCCCAGGCUGCACCGCCGCUUUCAUCGCCGAGUCGCAGCAGUCCUCACAGUCAGGGUAGCGAGACGGGAGAACGGUUUUCUAGAAAAGUAUUUGUUGGUGGAUUACCGCCGGACAUCGACGAAGAAGAGAUCAAGGCCAGCUUUCGUCGUUUCGGAUCGCUGGUGGUCGAUUGGCCGCAUAAGGCGGAGAGUAAAUCCUACUUUCCACCGAAGGGGUACGCCUUCCUGCUUUUCCAGGACGAAGCUUCCGUGCAGCAGCUGAUCGACGCGUGCAUCCAAGACGAGGAGAAGUUGUACCUGUGCGUCAGCUCGCCGACCACCAAGGACAAACCCGUACAGAUCAGACCGUGGCGACUGAGCGACGCGGACUUCGUUUUGGACGCCUCGAUGCCGCUCGACCCGCGGAAAACGGUAUUCGUCGGUGGCGUGCCGCGACCGUUGAAAGCCGUCGAGCUGGCCAUGAUCAUGGACAGGCUGUACGGCGGCGUCUGUUACGCCGGCAUAGACACGGAUCCCGAGCUGAAAUAUCCGAAAGGAGCCGGCAGGGUCGCCUUCAGUAAUCAGCAAAGCUACAUAGCUGCCAUAUCGGCCAGAUUCGUUCAGUUGCAGCACGGUGACAUAGACAAAAGGGUCGAAGUGAAACCGUACGUUCUGGACGAUCAAAUGUGCGACGAAUGUCAGGGGCAACGCUGCGGAGGCAAGUUCGCGCCGUUCUUCUGCGCCAACGUUACCUGUUUGCAGUACUAUUGCGAACAUUGCUGGGCAACGAUUCAUUCUCGACCGGGUCGAGAGUUCCACAAACCGCUGGUGAAGGAGGGUGCGGAUCGGCCUCGAGCCGUGCCUUACCGCUGGUGUUAACCCCAGCUGCGUUGUCCCUAAUUAUCUCGCAACCCUAGCUAAUUAACUACCACUCGUACGAAUUCCCCCAUUCCUCAUCCUUAUUCCCGCGAGACCCACUACCCACCACUACAUCCCACCAACGCGUCAACCGAACUCAACUUAAUCCGCCUCGCCUCGCCUCGCCUC